CUAGCUGAAGCUGCAGGAUCGUUCUUUGGUGCCCAGAGAUGUUGUACACAGAAUUGGAAUAAAGGACAGUCAAUGUGGCACAGUUGUCGAUGUAAAUAUAGAAUGUAUGGUGAAACUGGUGGGGACCAACUGCUUUCUGCACUCAGUCAACAGCAAAGAUUUAAAGCACAUCUGGCCCAUCAUGUACGGAGAUUAUAUUGCCUACAACUGCUGGUUGGGAAAAGUUUUUGAUCUCAAGAACCAAGUUGUCUUAAAGCUAUCAAAUGGAGCCAGAUGUUCAAUGACCACCGAAGAUGCUUCUAAAUUAUAUGAUGUUUGUCCCCAUGCAAGUGAUUCGGGUCUGUUUUUUGAUGACUCUUAUGGGUUCUAUCCUGGUCAAGUGCUUAUUGGCCCUUCCAAAGUCUUUUCUAAUGUCCAGUGGCUGUCUGGCGUGAAGCCAGUCCUGAGUGCCAAGAGCAAAUUCCGCGUGGUUGUUGAAGAGGUACAAGUGACAGAGGUGAGAGUAAGGUGGAUAACCAAAAGCUUUUGUCUAGGAUGUACACAGUCUAUGGACCCACCACCUAAUGUUAUUACCCAGGAGAAUGUGCACAAGGUGCAGAGGCUCGGCCCGUUUGAUCACACCCAGAGGCAGCUGGGAGAGAGGUGCUUGUACAUCUUUCCAACCAUGGUGGAACCCACUAGAAUCCUGUGUGAGAGCCUGGAGAAGAAUUGCUUACUUGGGGAAGUAGCUAGCACCAGAAGGGGAGACAAGUUUCGGGAAAAGCAAAUAGUAAAAAUAAUUGCAUGUACACAAGACUCCUCAAACCCAGCAGAGCUAUUCAAGAGACACUCUACUCUAGCAUCUGAAGUGACUGAGAAAGGCAGUAAACAGAACGAGGCUACCAAUGGAAAAGAAUUGUCAAAAGCUCCAGCCCUUGAAGAGUGUUCUGCACAGGACCAGCUGCUGGGCAACAUCCAGGAGAUGUUCCAGGACUUCCCACUUCAGGCCAAUGAACAGGAUGCAGACGACGAGGCUGCUGAAGACACAGAUGACACAAGCUCUGUGACGUCUUCUGCCAGCUCGACCACCUCCUCAAAAAGUGGCAGUGGGGCCAGCCGUAAGAAGAGCAUUCCUCUGUCCAUACGAAACUUAAAGAGGAAGCACAAAAAGAAGAAAAAGAGCAAGGUCUACAGAGAGUUUAAGCCAGGGGACAGGGUGGCAGUUGAAGUGAUCACUACAGUGACUACUGCAGAUGUUAUGUGGCAAGAUGGCACUUUAGAAAUGAACAUUAGGUCUAACGAACUGCUUCCCAUCCAGCAUUUGGAUAAUAAUGAGUUUUGUCCAGGCGAUUUUGUGGUGGAUAAAAGAGCCCACACUGUGCAUGAUGCCAGUGUAUAUGGUAUAGUCCAGUCUGGAGACCAUACAGGGCGUACGUGUGUGGUGAAGUGGAUCAAGCUGAAUUCUGAAGGAGAUGAUGUUGAGGUUGUGGGAGAAGAAGAGGAUGUCAGCGUAUAUGACAUAGCUGAUCAUCCAGAUUUCCGUUUUCGAACUACAGAUGUUGUCAUACGUCUUGGUGGCACAGAGAUUGAUGUUCUUCCAGAUGGUACCCAGCCCUCAGUGGGACAAGUGGCUCGUGUAAACACCGAGAGCAAGAUAGAAGUUAUUUGGGCUAACAACUCUAGGUCCAUUCUUCUUCCAACGCAAUUGUACAAUGUGGAGUCAGAGAUUGAAGAAUCCCUCUAUGACUCUGUAGGCAGCAGCUCCAGUGGUGCCUCCUCCGAUGAAUGGGAAGAUGACAGUGACAGCUGGGAGACGGACAAUGGCCUAACAGAAGAUGAAAACUCACGCCUUGGGGCAGAGGCCAUGGAGCAACCCCAAAACCAAACUGUUGCAUCAGAGCCCACAACACAAGCCGAAGUAGAAGAGCCAGAGCCGGGUUCUUCUGCAGCUGCAUUGGGGGUUCCAGGUCUUGUGGCCAAAGCGAAUGAGAAAGAAGGGAUUGUCAAGAGCUUUAAAGAAUUUAAGGAGGCUAUUAAGAUUCUUGAGAGCCUGAAAAACAUGACUGUAGAGCAGCUUUUGACUGGUUCUCCAACAUCACCCAUUGCUGAGCCAGAAAAAUUCACUAGAGAAAAGAAAUUCCUAGAUGAUAUCAAGAAACUGCAGGAGACUCUUAAGAAGACACUUGAUAAUGUGGCCAUUGCAGAGGAAGAAAAGAUGGAAUCUGCUCCAGAUGCUGAGAAAGAGGACAAGGAAGCACAGACGCCAGUCCGUUCUGAAUGGCCAAGUGACACCCCUGUACUGUGCCAGCAGUGUGGUGGCAAACCUGGUGUCAUAUUCACUAGUGCUAAAGGAGAGGUUUUCUCUGUGCUGGAGACUGCACCAGAGAGCCAUAGUUUUAAAAAACUAGAGUUCCAGGCGCCUGAAGCUAAGAAGUUCUUUAGCACUGUCCGUAAGGAGAUGGCUCUGCUCGCCACAUCCCUCCCUGAUGGUAUCAUGGUGAAAACGUUUGAAGACAGAAUGGACCUCUUCUCAGCAUUUAUAAAAGGACCCACACGUACUCCGUAUGAGGAUGGUCUAUUUCUGUUUGAUAUUCAGCUGCCCAAUAUCUACCCAGCUGUGCCUCCACUCUUCCGCUACCUUUCUCAGUGCAGUGGGAGACUCAACCCAAACCUAUAUGAUAACGGGAAAGUGUGUGUCAGUCUACUGGGCACCUGGAUUGGAAAGGGAACUGAGAGAUGGACAAGCAAAUCCAGCCUUCUCCAGGUACUAAUAUCCAUACAAGGCCUUAUACUGGUAAACGAGCCUUAUUACAAUGAGGCUGGCUUUGACAGUGACCGUGGUCUGCAAGAAGGUUAUGAGAACAGUCGUUGCUACAACGAGAUGGCUCUGAUCAGAGUUGUACAAUCUAUGAUACAGAUGUUGAGGAGACCUGUGGAAGUCUUCCAACAGGAGAUCAUGGAGCACUUUCAAAGCAGCGGCUGGCGUUUAGUUCACAGGAUAGAGACCUGGCUAGAAACCAAUUCCAUGGUAGAAAAGGGAGGUGAGUUGUCUAAUGGCCAGGAGCACCCUUGCAUUGUACCAUACAGCCCCUCUGAGCAAGAAAUCACACCAGAGCCUUCCUUAAGUUCUAAGGAUUUGGACGAUUCUGGUUGUGGAGCCUCCACCCUAUCACCUGGAGAGGCUCCUCAGUGUUCUGACUUGGAGGGCAUGGGUAAGGGGGCCUCAAGUAACACCUGUAGCCCUGCUGAGGAACUACGAGGGGCAACUGGAGGAGUGCAGCCAAGUGUGAAACCAAAGAAACGCAGGAAGAGCUAUCGUAGUUUUCUGCCUGACAAACGAGGAUACCCUGACAUUGGCUUCCCAUUGUUUCCCUUGUCUAAGGGCUUUGUGAAAAGCAUACAAGGUGUUCUAGCGCAAUAUAAAGCUGCUCUCUUGGAAGCUGGCAUCUUGGAGCCCCGUGGGGCCAGACUGACAUUACCGUUGUAG